AUGAGUUCCAUAUCACAAUAUAAAAGAACUGAGGUCAUUGGAAGAGGUAAAUUUGGAGUUGUUUAUAAAGCUUAUCAUAAACAAACAAAACAAGUAUAUGCCAUAAAAGUUCUAAACCUAGAUACAGAAGAAGAAGAAAUACUUGAUGUUCAACAAGAAAUACAAUUUUUAACAGAAUUGAAAAAUGUACCAAAUAUUACUCAUUAUUAUGGAUCAAUUUUGAAUGAUACAAAAUUAUGGAUUGUAAUGGAUUACUGUGCAGGUGGAUCAUUAAGAACUUUAUUGAAACCUGGUGUAAUGGAAGAAAAAUAUAUUGCAAUAAUUGUAAGAGAGUUAUUGUUGACAUUAAGUGCUGUUCAUAAAUUAGGAGUAAUACAUAGAGAUUUAAAAGCUGCAAAUGUUUUGAUAUCAAAGGAAGGAAAUGUUCAAUUGUGUGAUUUUGGUGUUGCAGCAAAAAUAUCAGCAAAUGCUACUAAAAGAACAACAAUGGCGGGCACACCUUAUUGGAUGGCACCAGAAGUCAUCAAAACUGGGGAAUCAUAUAAUAGUAAAGCUGACAUUUGGUCUUUAGGUAUAACUGUUUAUGAAAUAGCUACUGGUAAUCCUCCUUACGGCGAUAAAGAUGCAUCUUGGGCAAUGCAAUUAAUUUCCAAGGCAACUCCUCCCAGGCUAGAAGGGAGUCAGUAUUCUCCAGCAUUAAAAGAAUGUAUAGCAUUAUGUUUGGAUGAAAAUCCGGAAGAAAGACCAUCUGCAGAUGAUUUAUUUAAAUGUAAAUUAAUGAAAAUCUACAAAACAUAUCCCACUAACAUAUUGAAGGAAGUCAUAUCACGUUAUUUAUUAUGGCGAGAUCGAAAUUCAUCAAGAGAUUCAGUUUUUAUUAAUUUAGAGAAUGAGCAAGAAGACACUGUUGAUGAAAUUGUUCAGAAUAAAUUACCAGGAUAUAAUGAUUACGGAAUUGGCAACAAUGCUAAUGAUGAUCAACUUCAAGUGAAAUGGGAUUUUGACUCGUUGGAAUCUCGUGAUUAUAUCAUUGAAAAUGACAUUGAUAUGAAUAAUAUUGAGUACCUGAAAAAUUAUGAAACUCAAAGUGGUGAAAAUACAUAUUCAACGAUUCCAACAUUAAAAGCUACGACUCUUAAUGGUAGUGGUGCAACGCUCAAUACACAAACAAAAUCUAUAGCAGAUAUUCCCAAAUCCUUACAAAUGUUAUUUGAGGAUCCAGCAGAGGAAAGCAGGAAUGAUCAUUCAACAUUGCAAGCUCCUUCCAUAAUGAAUGAUAUGAAUGGAACUGAAUCACCCACAAUUGAGAUACCAGAUAUGUCUGCACUUUCAAACUUCCCAUCCACAUCAACCUUAAUGAGUAAUGGUCAUCCUGUACUAAAUAAGCCUCCAACUUUAUAUCACACCCAGUCAGCAUCAGGAAACCUAGAAACCAGGUAUGCGUCAAUAGAUACAUCCCCAAUCGAGAAUCGACCAAGAAAGAAAACAGUAUCAAACACAAUGAGCCACCAAAAUAUACCGACAAUAAACACGUCAACAAAUUCAAGCACGGCAACUCCUCACACACCACCAUAUGCAUCAGCCGCAGCUGCCAGAAGCCCAUCUCCUAAACCUCCUACAAAUUUGGGAAUGGCUGCAAUGAAUUCAAAGACAAAUUCACCAUCAAAAAUGAAAGCUGUACAAGGUCAAGGAAAUAAUAAUCCACUUUUACAACCUAUUAAUUUUAAACCGAUUUCUAAUGAUUUAAAUUCCAAGAUAAACACUCAACCACCCAACCAAGCACCUCCUCAAUUGGUACUGCAGCAAUCGAUGCCGAUUUUGCCAGUCAAUCCUCAAUCAAAUUUGAAGUCCAAACGAAAUAAACCAGGAUUUAUACAAAUGCCUACUCCAUCAGCCACCUUAAAUUCAUUAUCAGCUUUAACUAAUGAUCAUCACGAUGACGAUGAAAAUGUCAAUCAAUUUGGUAUUAAUCCUGCUCAAGCUGCAUAUAUGCAUGUUUCGAUGACACCUGUUACUGAGAGCGAACCUCCUCAAUUUCUGACGAACUCAUCAUCAGCUACAAAGGCAGAAGAUCAAACUUUUAGUAAGCCUAAUAAAGAAAGUUCACCAAUUCCUCAGAGUCGACCUCAUCAAAAUAGUAUCCUGGCACAAAAGAAAACAUUUUCAUCAUCAUCUAAUUUAAAUGUCAAUUCACAUAUGCAUCAAAAUCAUUCAAAUACUACUAGCACCUCAAUUCCACAAACUCUGUUAUCAUCCAUGCCUAGUCAACCUCAAAAUUCACAUAAGGGAAGUACUGUUACACAUCAACCACCAGCUGCAUCACAACAAAAUGUGCCUACGCCAAUAACCUUUCCCAUCAUUCCAAGUAUCAAAAAUGAUUUUUUCAUGGACUCAACCACCAACAAAAGCAAAUUAGUGAAUGAGCUAGAUAAUAUCAUAAAAUUAUUUAAUCAAGGCUUAGAAGCAUUAGAAGAUAACUUAUAA